CACUGCAAUACACAUUUGGUAUUAAAGUGUGUUUCAAAUACAUAUGCUCAUUACAUAAAUCCUCGAUAUUUAUGUAAAUAUAAGGAAUGCGUUUAUUGCAACACUGUGAGUUGCUCUAAUUAGCGACAAAUGACUGAAACAAUAGGAGUUAUUUCGUGAUUCGGAUAGACAAAACCACAGCAAGGUGCUGCUAAAGAUAGAUUUUGAAAGAUAGACAAAAGAAAAACACCAUGUCUGUAGAUGUGAAUUCCACGUUUUACCAGUACUGUCAGGACGAAGUGUUUGCGGACAAGAUUUCAGUUGACUACUACCAUUGGUUCCUUAUACCCGCAGUAGCAGUUAUCGCUCUUCUUUCGAUUUUGAAGAAAAGGAAAUAUGUUAAACCGAAUCUUCUAGGGGGACGCCCAGCAUUGGCGAGUCCGUUUGGUUUUCUGGAUGAGCCAAGGAACCGAUGGGGCACGAUGUUUGUAUUUGGUUCUGUGACUGGAAAUGUUAUACGCGUUACACUGAAAGUCUUGUCAAGCACAGUCAAAUUUCCAGUGUGGGCCAAAAUUUUUCUUGUGUACAUUCUUUGCCUGGAAGUGAGUGUUAUAUCAUACCCACUAUUUGCUUGUAUGACAAGUAGACACAAACUCAUCGGAGGCAUUACAGGUCUUUUGUACGCAUUUGGGUGGUUUGGUUACGAUUUUUUUGUAACAGUACAGACUGUCAGGUGUUAUACACAAUUUAUUGAUGCCGUGGUGAAUUUGAACAUAAAAUGGUAUAUAAUAGGGCAACAAGUGCCUAUUAUGAUAUGUAACUUCUUGGUUGUUCUGAAACUUUCCUGGAAAAUCUACAAAUGUUUUAAGAAAGGGAUUUACAAUGACUGCGAUCAGGACCAGUCCAAGCUGUGCAGACAUCACCAUCUUACAUAUGUUAAAAACUUGCUAAAGAGAAAUAGCCCUCAAAGAUGCGAUGGAACACGACUGCCCUUGGUGGAAAAGAUACAGAAUGUGAUUGUGCGCCCAGUUCCAGGAUUCCGAUUCCCGAUAUCAAUUAUAAUCACAGUAUUCAUGUCGGCUAUAAUGCUGUACUCGAUAAGUCUUACACUUGUUUAUGCUAUGGAUAUUAUUUCUAAAUACUUCAAGUCCCUCCCAGACAUUCCAGACCUUCUGCAAGCGGCCAAUGCUGUUGCUACUACUUUGACAGUACUGUGUGGAAUGAGGAAUAUCUAUAUUUUCCUUAUAAACUAUAGAACAGAUAUGUUGUCGUUGUACAAAGGCGAUCGGAGUUUUAUACCAGAAACUGUUCAUCACUCAACACCAGAUGUAUACAUGGCACACGGAAUGCGAUUCAUUGGGACAUCAAUAACUGGAAUGCUUUGGGGAAGUUUGCUAUGUUUUCUGAUGGUAUAUAUACCUCUGGCGACGAUGAUGAUUUUGGUCAAGCUUGUAGUAGUAUCGGGAAAAAUCAAGUAUCUGUGGCGUGAGUUUGAAUGGCUUGUUUAUCCAGUUUGUAUGAUUAUCAUUUUCAAGGUCCAGACUUUCUUUAUUGGGCGAUUUUUCAUGCAACCGAAAAUACACGAUAAUGACAAACACAGGCCUUUAGCUGUGGACAACAGGAACGCAUACAACAUUUUCAGUUUCUUCAUGGUGUUUCUGAAUGCCAGCGUAGGAGUGUUCUCGUUUCUGAAACGUAUUUUAGUUAGUGCAAUACUGGGUGUUUUUCUAAUACCACGGAUGGACCGCUGCUUGCUAAUGAGAGGUUACGAGGAUAAGGAUAAAUGUUAUGUAAAUUACAUUGGGAUGAUAAUGGUAGACGUUGCACAUAACCAUCCAGUUUUACGGACCUUCUGUCACCUCCUGAAAUCAGAGAUAGAGGAUAGGAUGGAAACGAAACAUCCUCGUUCUGGAGAACAUGCCAUUGACAGCUUUGCUAGGAACUCUUCUACAUCAUCUACAAAUAUCAGGAAUCGAAGAUGGUGGCUAGCAUAUACAUCAAUUCGAAACCCUUCAUUAUCUGUAAUGCGAGUUCAUGAGACAAAGAAGGACACCCAUAUCAAUCCUAUUGUUGAUCUGAAUGAAAUUAACUGUUCUAACAUUGAAUCGACAGAAGUCAAGAAUCAACCAGAAGACAUCUGGGACUGCUCCUGUAGGCCUAUAUGCUGUAAAGAGUACAAGUUUCGUAUUCCUCCAAAUUUGUUGACAAAUAUGUUUGCAGUUAUUGUUUUGCUAUCUAUCAUUAUUAUUAUUGCCUGUGCCUCUUUAUUAAUUAAUUCCAAUAUGUAGUAGAACUUAACUUGUGGUAGAGUGUGGGUUUGUACAUAAUCAAGCGAGUGAUACUGUAUAAAUAUGAACGUUACGUACAAUAUCUGAAAGCGAUUGUGCCUCAGUUUAUUUUGUGUUCAUUCUGAAUUAAGCGAAUUACGGCCGAAGGUCGAAUGACACUGGCCUUCCAUAUAUGACAGGUUUUAGCACAAUUACCAAAAUUUACAUAACUUACUUUCUUUUUCACAAGUUUUGCAAAGUUAGCUUGAUGUUGUCCUUUUUUUUUUUUUUUUGCUAUUGCACACGUUCAUCUAGACAAAGAAUGUUUCCUUGAAGUUUGCAUUAGUUUUUUUUGUAAUUUUAUUAGUGUCUUUUAAAAUUAUUACUGUAUUCUGUCAUACGAGGGAACCUCUUUGAAGGUCAGUAAAAUGGGUUUGAAGAGAUUCUAAAUAUGUACUCAUUGAGUUCGUACAUAGCUUAUUUAAAACGUUGAUCUUUUUAGAUCUGUUGCAUUAUAAUGUCAGUUCUUUUAUAUCUAAAUAUUUAACAAUGUUGCUUACCUACUUCCUUAACAUUAAUAGUUCUAAACAUGUCAA